UCUCAUUAAUGCCUAAUUAAGAAAUUAAGAAUUAAUCAAAUCCUCAUACGUGUGUUGGCUUUCCCGCUUCGGUUCCUGCUUCCUCUUCCGCUUCGCUGGUUUGCGCUGGCUAGAGCUUCGAACGUUGCGAUUGCCGGUUUUGCUUUUCCUCUUCUGGAUUUAUUCGUUGCUGUUUGCUUCGCGUGAAAGUGGAGUUCUGAAAGAGUCGAAGCGUCUCCGCCUCCUCCCACGACGUUGUUCCUGUCGGAUCGGAAGUGCCAGGAGUUCGCCGGCAAGGAUUUGGAAUCCACCAUGUAUAAGAGCAGAGCUUUGACCCCUUGCAGCCAUCUGUUUCAGCAUUUCUCUCAUUCUUCUAAACACCAGAUCCCCUCCUUUUUUCGCUACCAUGGAAUUGAACACCAACGACAGUAUCAUCGUCUCCUUCCGGAGUAUAUCGCCCAAGAACCUACUCACACACAAAUGGACUCGUGCCUUCAAAUAGCUAGGUUGAAAGGGAUUCCGGCUGCGGAUGAAGGCUCCAAUUUCGUCUUCUCACCGCUCUCUAUCCGCGCUGCUCUGAGCCUGACGGCUGCCGGCGCAAAGGGGGAGACGCUGCGGCAGCUUCUGUCCUUUCUUGGCUCGCCGCCCUUCAUAGACCAUCUACACUCUGCUUCUGCACGCCUCGUUGAAGCCGUACGUGAAGGAGACAGUGAGCUGCUUCUCUCGUUUGUCAACGGGCUGUGGAUUGAUCGCUCUGUGACGGUCAAUUCCUCGUUCAUGGGGAUCGCUGCAUCCAUCUAUCAUGCGGCUGCCGAGUCCGCUGACUUCAAACACGAGGCUCCGCUCGAACAAAAGAAAAUAAACGAUUGGAUUGAACAAAAGACCAAUGGGAUCAUAAAAAAUCUUAUUCCUGAUGGCACAGUUGACAACGAAACCAGGUUAAUCCUCGCUAAUGCCCUCCACUUCAAAGGAAAGUGGCAAGAGAAAUUUGAUCCCUACAUGACCCGAAGUAACUAUUUUUAUCUCUUAGAUGGUAGCACCAUACAAGUACCCUUCAUGAGCAGCAGAAAAGAUCAAUUCAUCUCAUCUUAUCAUGGAUUCAAAGUCCUCAAACUGCCAUAUAAGCAACAAGAGAACAACCAAGGAAACAGAAGCUUUUCCCUGCUGCUUUUUCUUCCAGACGAGAUAAACGGACUUGAAGAUCUUAUCAACAGAGCCGUUUAUGAUCCAAAUUUCAUCAACAGACACGUUCCUUGCAGAAGAGUUAAAGUUCAACCCUUCAUGGUUCCGAAGUUUAAGAUCUCUUUCAGCUGUGAAACUACUGAUGUACUAUCAAAUCUUGGCCUGAAAAGCCUUUUUAGUUGGCCAGCUGCAGAUUUGAGUGGAAUGUGCUUGGAAUCAGCAAGGCUUUAUGUAUCAAGUAUUCGCCAUAAAGCUGCUAUUGAGGUGGAUGAAGAGGGUACGGUAGCAGAAGCUGCAACAGCGGUAACGAUGAGGUUUGUGUGUAACAUUAAGCCGGUGAGCUUUGUUGCUGAUCAUCCUUUCAUGUUUGUUCUUCGAGAAGAUGUAACAGGUGCUAUUUUGUUCUUUGGCCAUGUCGCGAAUCCAUCAGUUUUAGGUUGAUUAAUGCAUCUAUAUUCUUGUAGCAGAAGACAAGUCUGCCAGCCACAAUCUGAUUUGGUGUUUUGGUUAAUACAAUGAAUUCAUCUUGACAUUUGAUAGUUGGUUUAAGUGUUAAAUUAAACUAUAUAAGUUGUUUUAUUUAUUUAUAUGCUUUUGACCGUUGAGCACUUAAACUCGCAUAUAAUUAA